UUCCUGUCGCGUCUGCGGUCUCCAGCCCUCCGCUCUGACAGCAAGUUUAAAGCACCUGUCUUACUGUAGAUUAACAUGUAUAUUCCAUCAUGCCUGCCAGUCUCCGGAACGUUUGUAUUAAUGCGCCUGUCAUGCUACUGAUGAACACAUUAGUCAUCAUGCACUGGGUAUGGUGGUCGUUUAUUUAGUGCCACAACAAACCUAACAAGUCCGUGCUGUAGUCAUUAUUUCCUCUUUCCGUGAUGUUUCUCGCAGUUUCCUAGGCCACCUGUGGCAAGACGUCUUCAACUGAAAAGUGUGUUUCAGUACACAAGAGGGCAAUAUAAUACUGCUUCGUGUUGUUUUAUUUAAACAUUAUUGGUCUACUUCAGGGCUCAAUUGUAUGGAUAUCAAAUUAAAGUGAUGAGCCGAUAGAUGAUUUUUAUAUUAAUAUUCUAGUAUUUCACCGUUUGGCGUGUAUUUGUGGGACAUUUGCUGCAUUAAAGGGAACAGUAGAUGGUGGUGAAGCAGCAGCAGCACUGAUGGGAAUAUUGAUCAGUGACUAUUGAUCAGUGAAGGGAAUGGGUGCGGUCAUUUAAGGCUCUUCAUACUUUAGUCACAGAGUGACUAUAGUGUGUGGUUCCUUCCUCAGUGUGUGGUUCCUUCCUCAGUGUGUGGCACUGGUUCCUUCCUCAGUGAUUUGGAGGGUGCGUCCUUGGCUCCGCUACUACGGCCAGAAACAUGGGACAAACGCUCUCCACUACUACGUAGAGCAGGAUGGGACAAACGCGCUCCACUACUACGGCGAACAGUAUGGGACAAACGCGCUCCUGCCCGCACCACCCCGCCGCCGCUCCGGGUGAAGCAGCAGAGCCAGCCCCGCGGUGUCGAGUCCGCAGGUCUGAACCUGGUGCGGAGCGACUGGAGGAUCUCAUCGACUCUCAAUCGGAGAACAACAUCGCGCGUUUAGAGAACCAGCAGGUCGGCUCUAGGAGCCAAGAGGACCGAGUAGCUUUCAUACGCGGUUCGGAGAAUCAUCGAAACCACGAGAAGGAAAAGUUACCGGAGGAUGAGUGUUGCGUGUCGGGGAUCGGAACGAAGCAUACGGCCUCGGGUGUGGAGGAUACCCAGGACGGUGUGAACAAUGUGCGUGUAGCCCAGGACGUGUUGAGGGGAGCCGAUUCUCUCGGUCUUGAUCUACGAGUCAGGGACCAGCGGUGUGGGGAACCCAGAAACAAUAGGACGGACCAUGACUCCAACCCCCCUCCGAAGGCCAUGGAAAGUAAGCCACUGGGAAACCACAUCCAGGGUCCUGAUACCUCCGAGGCCGGGGCAGUCUCUGGCUCAUAUCUAAACCGAGCCUCGGUGCUCGUCUCGGGCAGGGAGCGGACCUCGGCUGGGCUCGGCUCGUUUUCGGCCGAACCUUCGGCCCGAACGAGCGAUCACACGCCCGACACCAUGACCAAAACUAACUUCUGUUCCGUUCCUUGUCAGACUAUGCCCGCAAACGACCAAAUCACCCCGUGUGCGGUUAAAUCCGCUCCACGGAAAGACUCGGAUUACCUUCAGAGUCCCUCGGGAGGAGGCCAAAGUUUCCCCGGUACUAUUCCUAAGCUGAUCAUCACCAGGGAGCCCAGUCCCAGCCGGUCGCAGGGCUCCCCACCCUCCUACACCGGGCUGGGGCUCGGCGGUUCGGGCUACGAGCUACAGCCGGACGAGGAGUCGCCCUGCUCGGACAGCGGCUGCGGGGGGUCGCCGGCGCUCAUCCGCUCCCCUCGGAAGCUGUCCAACAGUUCUUCCGUCUGCCUGUCGUCAGCCUCGUCGUUCGAGGAAUCAGAAGAUGACUUCACCGCCAGUGACAUCGAGUCCAGUCUCUCUCCAGGCCUGUGCAAUUCGAUGGGCAGCCCGGACGACGGGACGUGUAACAAGCCCUGGCAGAAGAUCAAGACCAUGGUACACUGGUCCCCCUUCGUUGUGUCCUUCAAGAAGCGUUACCCGUGGGUGCAGCUGGCCGGCCACGCAGGGAACUUCCAGGAGGGGGAGUACGGGCGGCUGCUGAAGCGCUUCUGUGCGUGCGAGCAGCAGUGCCUCCAGAAGCUGAUGGGCGACGUGCUGCGGCCGCACGUGCCCGGGUACCACGGCGUGGUGCAGCGCGACCAGCAGGACUACAACCUCAUGGACGACCUGCUGGCCGACUUCGACUCGCCCUCCAUCAUGGACUGCAAGAUGGGCAGCAGGACCUACCUGGAGGAGGAGCUGAGCAAGGCCCAGGAGAGGCCACGCCUGAGGAAGGACAUGUACGAGAAGAUGGUGGAGAUCGACCCCGGGGCCCCCACGGAGCAGGAGAGGGCCCAGCAGGGGGUCACCAAGCCCCGCUACAUGCAGUGGAGGGAGACCAUCAGCUCCACCACCACGCUGGGCUUCCGGAUCGAAGGCAUAAAGAAGGCGGAUGGGACCUGUAACACCAGCUUUAAGACCACCAGACACCUGCAGAAGGUGAAGCAGGCCCUGGAGGACUUUGUGGACGGAAACAUUCAGAUCCUGGAGCUCUACCUGCAGAGGCUGAAGGAGCUCCGCUCGGUGCUGGAGACGUCCGAGUUCUUCAGGACGCACGAGGUGGUGGGCAGCUCGCUGCUGUUCGUCCACGACGCGACGGGGAAUGCGCGCGUCUGGAUGAUCGACUUCGGGAAGACGGCGCCGCUGCCGAGCCCCCAGACCCUGGACCACCGCACCCCCUGGGCGGAGGGCAACCGGGAGGACGGCUACCUCUGGGGCAUGGACAACCUGAUCGACGUCUUCAGCAGCGUGAUGUCCCCCUCGCCCUGAGGGGGGGGGGGGGGCCAGGGGAGUGGGGGUCUUAUCAGGGGGAGGCCCCGCGCUACUGGUGUCACCGGGAGGAGGUCGCACGCCAAAGGCUGGGGAGGGGGGUUCUCUCGUUCCCGUGGAAACGAGGUCAGAGAGGGGGCGUGAAGAACGAGGCCGGGAUGAAGAUAGAGAGACAGGCCAUUUGGGAUCAGAUCCGUGUUUUGGGAUUUAGACACCACGAGGCUCACGUGGUUGGGGGCACCUGUUUUUUCUCAUUCCGGUCAGCACUGGGGGGGGGGGGGGGGGACCCCCACGAAGCCCACCAUCUACGCCCAGACAUGUGUCUGUUACCGGAGGAAGGGGUGUGACGUCUUGUGGCAUUGUAAGACGUCCACCAGAUGGGGGAGAAGGAGUGGAGGAGCUGUUUCUGCUUCCAGUCACUAUUGACGUUCUGAACUGAACGCCGUUUUGUUUUGCAAACAUUUGACUCGAGACUCCUCGGCCGCGGCGCCCUCUGGUGGCCAACUGUGCGGAUGACAUGUAGGGAAAAUGGACUUCAUCGAGUCGUGUUGUUUUUUUGACCGUGGCCUUCAUGGAGAUCAGCUUUGUUUUUGACAUGGGCCACUUCUGUCUUUUUUUUUUAGACCUUUUUGUAUAAGCGACACUAAAACACUGGUAAACAAUCAGUCAAGUAAACCAGUGCAUAUUCUGUAAAUACACUAUUAUUUAAGUAUUUGCCUUUAUAUUGUCUUACCCGGUUGGAAAUAUGUGUGCCUAAUCAUUUUGACCAUUCCAAUAUAUUUCCAUGCGUUUAUCUCCAGGUAAUAAAAUCCAAGUACAAAACAAGUAUUGACUUCCAAAGCUAACCAUACUAAAAGUGUUGUAACUGUUGUUUUAUGGCUAAUGCAAAGAUGAUAUCUGGACUGUUUUUUUUUUUACAUAAUUCGUGGUAUGGUGUACAGCUUUAGCAUUCUUGAGUAAAUUGCACUAUGGAUCUUUACUAAGCCAUUGAACAAAGCAAGCGCUGCCUUUACUGUAUUGUAAUACGUAAUUACACAUACAUUAAUCAGCUGAUCGGGAGAUAGGUUUGCAGAUUUUCAACUUGGUUUAAUUGAUAUUGGAUUUGCUAAGAACUGAUGAGCUGUAAUGAAGUGGUAAACUGGAACAAUCAGAUUCAAAUGUUUAGUGGCUUUACGGGGCAUUUCGCCUACAAUUCUAACUGGAAAAUACAUUUUGUGUCUUGGCGAUGGUGUAAAAUAUAAGGAGUCAACACAGCUACAAACCUGACUCGAUAUGCAAAGGUUUUUUAAUUUGUAUAGUCUGUGAAAAGAUGAUGGUUUACAAGAGAUGGCCCAAACGUGAUAUAAUCUUGUAAAAUAACGACAUCGAUGGCUCUAUUGGGAAUCUUUAAGGGGCGUGAUAUUCCUUGAUCGGAAUGUGUGUGGGAACAUUCUCUCCGAGUCUUCCUAAAGACUGACCCUGGACGUGUCUUGAGGCACUGUGUCCAGGUGUUCUUCUGCUUUGUAAAGAUAUGUGCAAGGCGGUACCCGACACAAAGGGCUCCAGACAACACAAUGGGAGUACUGGCAUACUGGGAGGAAUCCUAUUUCUCUGGGAACUCCCCACCAAGCACACACUGAAGACCGGGAAACGUUGAAUGUUUACAAAGUAUUAUCUUUCCUCUCCACUUGCGGUUUAUUUUUGUGAUUUACGACUAACAGACGACCGGGUUUUCAGACAGUGAGUGUGGGGAAAAGUGGGCGGGGCUUCAGGGGUUGAGGUCUUAACUUUGUGUAUCCAUUACCUACGCGCUGUAUUUUUUUAAGGCAGUGACUUCUAAGGGGACAAAAUAUACAUAAUUGUGAAUUGAUUAGGUCUCUGCUUUGUAUAGACUGAAAUAAACUGGAACUUAAAAGAUGUGUCUCCUCCCCAUUUAUUGUGAAUCUACCAUAUAUUCCGUGAUAGUUCAAUCAUUCAGCCAAAACCUUUAUACAAAAAUAAAUGAAUCGUUUUGUUAUCAACCAUUUAUUCUCCCAAUGUAAUCACAGUAUUGCAUUCAUACCCCUGCAAGAGUUAAAGAAAAUAACAUCUCUUGACCCUUUUUCAGAGCAAACAAAUUGGCAGAGAUUGGAACCGUCGUCAUUUAACAUCAGAGCCCAGGAACGGGGAGACC